CUCAGCCCUUUGCAGCAUAGGCCGGUCUUGAACUUCCAACUCUCCAGCCCCAGCCUCCCAAAUUUGUGGGCUCUCUGGGUACCAUCAUCAUAAAAUGUAAAGAUUUCCGAAUCAUUCAGUUGGAUAUUCCUGGAAUGGAGGAGUGUUUAAAUAUAGCCAGUUCCAUUGAGGCAUUGUCCACUCUGGACUCGGUCACCCUGAUGUACCCUUUCUUCUACCGACCCAUGUUUGAAGUGAUUGAAGAUGGCUGGCAUUCUUUCCUUCCUGAGCAAGAAUUUGAGUUCUACUCUUCUGCUACCAGUGAAUGGAGACUGAGCUAUAUCAAUAAGGACUUUUCUAUCUGUCCUUCCUACCCACCAACUGUCAUUGUGCCCAAGUCCGUCGAUGACGAAGCACUUCGGAAGGUAGCAGCCUUCCGACAUGGGGGGCGCUUCCCAGUCCUGAGCUAUUACCAUAAAAAGAAUGGCAUGGUGAUUAUGCGAAGUGGUCAGCCCCUGACCGGCACAAACGGGAGGAGGUGCAAGGAAGACGAGAAGCUGAUAAAUGCCACCCUCAGGGCAGGAAAGCGUGGCUACCUUAUUGACACCAGAUCCCUAAAUGUGGCCCAGCAAGCUAGAGCCAAAGGAGGUGGCUUUGAACAGGAGGCUCAUUAUCCCCAGUGGAGGCGGAUUCACAAGUCCAUUGAGAGAUACCAUGUUCUUCAGGAGAGCCUAAUCAAACUCGUGGAAGCAUGUAAUGAACAAACCCACAACAUGGACCGGUGGCUCGGCAAGUUGGAGGCCUCCAAUUGGCUGACACACAUCAAGGAGAUUCUGACCACCGCCUGCCUGGCGGCCCAGUGCAUUGACAGGGAAGGUGCAUCAGUGUUGAUUCAUGGGACAGAAGGAACUGAUUCCACACUGCAGGUGACUUCUCUGGCCCAGAUCAUCCUGGAACCAAGAAGCAGGACCAUCCGAGGCUUUGAGGCCCUGAUAGAGAGGGAGUGGCUGCAGGCUGGUCACCCAUUCCAACAGCGCUGUGCACAGUCAGCCUAUUGCAGCAGCAAGCAGAAGUGGGAGGCCCCCGUGUUUCUUCUCUUCCUGGACUGCGUGUGGCAGAUCCUCCGGCAGUUCCCUUGCUCCUUCGAGUUUAAUGAGCAUUUUCUCAUCAUGCUCUUUGAGCAUGCUUAUGCCUCACAGUUCGGGACAUUCCUGGGCAACAAUGAAAGUGAAAGAUGUAAGUUGAAGCUACAACAGAAAACAAUGUCUUUGUGGUCAUGGGUCAAUCGGCCCGGCGAGCUGAGUAAGUUCACCAAUCCACUCUUUGAAGCCAACAACCUGGUCAUCUGGCCUUCUGUGGCGCCACAGAGUCUUCAGCUGUGGGAAGGAAUCUUCUUACGCUGGAGCAGAUCCUCCAAGUAUCUGGAUGAAGCAUAUGAGGAAAUGGUUAACAUCAUUGAAUAUAACAAGGAGUUACAAGCCAAGGUCAAUGUCCUGAGAAGGCAGUUGGCUGAAUUGGAAACAGAGGAUGGGCUAUGAGAGAGUCCUUGAAAGAUCGCCUACCUGUCCUGAGGACCUGUCUAGUCCUGAGUCGUCUCUCCCUCUGUUUGCCCUUCAAUUCAUGUUCACAGUAGCCUUGAACUUGGCUGUAGGUGCGGAAUCCCUGUAAUGUAAUGGCCUUCUAAGCACUGCAAGGUGGCAGUCACUCACAGAUAUGGCCUGUUAGGCCCUCCACUUAAUGAGCAGGUGGUGCUGUCACCUCACUACAUAUAUGACACCUAUGCCCUAUGCUGUUCCCCAUCUCUAGUUUCUCACCAGUGGUCCAGACUAGUUAAGAAUCCAUCUACAACAUGGGCCAGGCUUAUUUGCAUUCGAGUAUAGAGGUGUUUCUUUUUUUAAUGGAAAUAAUUGGGAAGCCACAAUUGUAUGUUUAACAUGUCAUCCUGCCCCUAUCCUCCACUCCCAGUUAUAAAAAGACCAUUCUUUUUUAAAACAGUUUUGGACUAACAAAGCCUGUUUUGUCAAGGAGGAAAAUCGGAAUAGUUAUUUGUGAUAAAUCUGUGUCAAGGGCAACAGGUGUGGUCCUCUGAUAACUUCAUUAAGGAAAGAUAAAUUUGCAAGUUGACACUAAAAAGUGUGUGCCCUAGAUAACUGAAGUAGAAUUCCUUACUGGUAGCCAUGCUUCUAUUGAAUAGGCUUUUCAGGUUUCUGACCAUUCAUACAAAAUGUGUUUUGAGCAAUGGGUGUGAAUGAAGCCAUCACUUGACUGGCAUUCACUUUUCAGAACUGCACAGCACGGACAGCACCCGUGAGCCCGAGGUCUGCGCUCUUACUGCACUGGUUGGUAUUUACGUCCAUGUGACUUAUUUCACUUUUAAAUAUUUUAAGAGAUGACUUGUACCACAGCUAGACUUUGAUGUCAGAGUGAGCCAUUUGCAAAUCUGUCCUGUGUUAGGCAAACAGGAUUGCGCUGGAGUGGGGAGCUAGGAAAGUGGCACAGCUGCUUGAGACCGUGCUGUGUCAGCAGCAGGGCUGCAGUGGCUGCAGUGGUGCAGUCAGCUCUGGGUGCUGCACCCUUGCAUGCCUGUGGGUUGGUGCUUUCCAGCUGCUUGCUGUUGCAAAUGCUGUCAUUUCUAGAAAAGCAUACUUGCAGAGUAAUUUUUAAAACCAUGUCAACUUCAUCUAUAUAUAAUAAUUUUCCUGGCCCCUCUUUGAAUUGUGUAUCAAGGCAAAAAUAGAACCUCUGUGGGUGGCACCCCUCUAAUCCCAGCACUUGGAAGGCUGAGGCAGGAGGAUUUAAGUUUGAGGCCAUUCUGAGCUAUGAUAUAUAGUAGGUUCCUGGCAGCCUACCUACAGAGUGAGGCUAACACAGAGUGUGUGGGCCCUGCUGAAGCACUGGAAGGUGACCACUGUUUUCCAUCUCCAGUUGCCCUGCCUCCUCUUCCUUCCUCUUUCCUUUGACCUGUGGCAGAAGGCCAGGCACCAGUCAGCAGUCCCGAAUCUGCUCGUGGGUUUGCCCACUGGUACUUCUAAGCUCAGCUCUACUCUUGACCUAUUAUUUGGCUCGUUGAGGAGUGAAGCACAUGCAAGGCUGUCUUUCUGAAGGCCUAGUUUAUGUGAAUUUCAAAGAAGAAAUUGCCUGGAUUCCUUGGGGCUGCUCAGUCACCAGCCCCAUCUAUCACUCUGCCACUGCCCAGGUUUGUUUCUCUCUCUCUCUCUCUCUCUCUCUCUCUCUCUCUCUCUCUCUCUCUCUCUCUCUCUCUCUUUCUCUCUCUCUCUCUCCCUCCUUCCCUCCCUCCCUCCCUCCUUUUUUUUUUUCUGAGCCAUGUGUGAAGUCCUCAACUUCUCAGCUGAUCCAUAAGAAAAACCAUCUAGAGAUUUUUUUUUCCUUUGUAGUUCUUAAAAAGUGAUUCCCACUGCAAUGGACCAGUCUUAAGGCUUCUGUGCACAGAGAUGUGGGAAAAUUAUUAUGUUUGGUCAGGGAGAGCUCUGUUGCACCCUCGUUGUGCUUGUCUUCUUGAUGAACACUCGCUGUGCAUUCCUGAGUCAUAACUCCUGUAUUCCAGAACCUUUGCCGUUUUCUGUCUCCCAUGAAAACAGCAGUCAUCAGUGUUUUUGACAAGCUUGCAUUUAGUAUUGAUUUAUAAAUAGAGAUUAUCUAAAUAUCAGCUUUUAAAAGCAAACUUUUUUUGUUGUUCCACUUUCCAAGGGUCAUUUAAUAAAGCAAACACUACAGUUUACUAAACUCAAGAAGUCGGUUAAACACGGGUGCGUUAACACUGAGUUGGGGUUUUAUGGUGUAACAUUGUCUCUAGCCUUCCUUUGGAUGCAAAGAAUAAAUGCAGCAGCUACACUCAGGAAACUGGGUCAGUGUGUUGCUGAGUUGUCUGAAUGACCAUGGCUCUAAAACCUUUGGUGAAGGACAUGGAGGCACAAUUCAUGAGCAAGUGAAGCCAUGUAGGAGUUAGGAAUCAUGUGACCCCUCGGGUCCCCUCGUACCCACGGUCUCUGCUUACAUCUGAGGGGGAUUUCACAGUGCAGGCCACAGACUCUGUGGGAAGGUCUCAGAGGCUGUGGCCCUCCUUUAUCAGCAGUGCAAAGAUGCUUGAGUUUAAGUCUGUAAUUUUUUGAAAAUCAGAAAACCAGAGUUACUUGAUCAUUUAAGAAACUGGAAACUUCUUUGUUGGCAAGACCUUACAGUGACAUCAGUAAUUUUUUUUUAUUUUAUGCAAUGAAGAGAAAAGCAGAAAUAAUAAAUCCAAAUGGUCUUAACACACAUUUAUUUUAAGGAAAGGUUAGAAUGUCAAAAGACAAAAGUUGAGUGUAAUUUUUUCACCAAAUAUGGGAAGAUGGUAGCAGAUAGUCACCUGAAAAUUCUAAAUACAGGGUCUAAAGCUCUCUGAAUUUGAGACCUGGCACAGUUGGGUCUUACUGCUGCAUAUCAUUUUUGAAAAAUGAGAUUUAGUGGGAGUUUACCCUUUGAUUUGGUCAGGAUUUGGUAAUGAAGUCACAGGAAAGAUUUGACCAGAAUUUAAUCUCCCAGUGUGAAAACUGGGGCAGAGCCUUUGUCCACAUCUCAAUCCUUAGAGUGGCCACUGGGAAGGGUCUGGUUUGGGGUGGAGCCAUUGUCACUGGUAGGCUUGCUUAUGGGACUUCACAUGAAGCUUAAAGCCUGUCUGCACAGAUGCUAGUGACAACUGUGUGAGGGCAGGGAUCACUCUAGUCCCCACCCCUACCUGAUUCUGGAAGCUUUGACCUUCACCAACAGAUGAUGCCAUUGGGCACAUCUGGUACAGAUUAUAGUAGCGGUUCUCACUGUGUCUCAAGAUGGCUUCCUUGCAGUGUUGGCCUGAAGACAGCACUCACUCCAGAGCUGGAACACCCAUCAUCUCAACAGAGUGUGUGACGAGACUGGUUUCUUCAUUUGUAUUUAUUGGCAGAUGGUACAGAGUGUAAAAUGUCCUUUCUACUGUAAGUUUCCAAACCUUUAUUCUAAUAAAUUUGGUUCUGCUCUCACUGUGUCUCAUAAUCUACUGUUCAUAGCAGCUGCUUCCUUUGCACAGCCAUCCCAGAGGAAACCUGAGAUUAUAGGACUAGGUUGUAAACCUCUGAACUCGUCUGACUCUUAAGAUGAACAGCCUUGCAGAAGUGCAAAGUUUGCACGUAGUGAGCAGUUGGAGCUCCCUGUAGGUGCCAAUUACCCUCAUGGAGCCGAUGUUGAUAACCUUUCUCUCUAGCCUCUUGCAGGUCAAGGGUUGGCCGUGACUUGUGAUGAGGUGGCAUUGUGCAGCACUGCCCGUGCUGUUGUGUUAAGACAUUGGGUCCACUUUAAACUGCAAGGCUUGGGGAAGGUGAGAUAUUCCCACAAGCAAACCUAGAACCUGUUGCUUAGUCCUUAGAGAUUUGUACGGUUACAUUAAAAAUCAUUGUACUUGCACAACUUAAUUUAGAAAAAGAAUGUGUAUUUCUUCAAUAGCCGAGCAUAAGGAUUGCACCCUGUAUCUGAAUGUGGCUCUUUGGAUGGAAGUGCACUAUCAUUUGUGUCUUAAACAAUGAAGUUGCACGGUAUGGCAAAACGUGCGUGAAAUGUAUGCUUUGCUGAAACUUGAGAAUGCUUGCAGAACACUUUUUGUAUUGUAUGUCUCUCUGUGCACAUUUGUGUGCACACAUAUACUCUUAGGGAAAAGUCUAAGCGUUUGGAAGUCUGCACAACGUUUUACUUCUGUCUGUAAGGUUCAGUUAGGAAUGAGUUAGUUUAUGUCAUGUAACUGGAGCCAGUUCCCCUGAGUUGGUUUGUCACUUGGUAUAUGACAUUGAGAAAUAGCCUCUUGAGUAUGGUACUGUUUGCUGCAUAGUAUUCUUGUGUUGUGAUCUCCCUCUGCCUCAGAGGACUGUCACAUAGAUGCUGGUGUUAAAUUUCUUGAUAGUAAUAAUAAAAUUAGUAUUCAAAUGUU